UUCCUGUCCUUUCUUUUUUUUUUGCAGCCCUUUGGAGCGUGUUGAUCUGGAUGGUGGUGAGGUCGGUGCUGACGUUGGUCGCGUCCUUGAUCCUCAUCAUCGGCGUCCUCAAGGAGAGGAGGCUGUUGAUGUUGCCAUGGCUGCUCGUGAGUGCAGUGUCCAUCGGUGGCUGGACAGUGUCGGCCAUUGUUCUGCCACUCGGCCUGGCCUCCAUGGACUCGGCUUCCCAGGGAGAAGGAGAUGGAUUCGGUCCUUUGUUCAUCCUGGUUGUUGGAAUCAUCAUGAGCAUGGUGGUGGUCGUGGGAACCUUCAUGUUCCUGACGCCUUUGUCGCACUACCAGGUCCUGAGCAGCUUGGAAUCCCUCCGGCAUGGAAUCGAAGCCAAGUCAGAGGGGUUCCGGAAUGCCAACAAUGGCCACGACCCAACAAUGAUCCCGCUCACCGACAUGGAGCAUGCAUAAGACCCCCCACGACCCUCUGGACAAGUUCGACCCCACCAAACCCCCCUCCAGUCCCCACCAACGCUUAUGAGUCCCCACCCUGUGCUUCAGAGUGUCUGAAUGGAAUCCUAGGUCAACUCUCACUGCUGUUAACUGUCUGCUUGGAGUCUUGGUGAUGGCUGGGGGUCGGGUGUGCGUGCCAAACUCUGCUGACCUGUGCUGCAAUGGGUGCAUUCAAGUUCAACUGCGCGGUGCCAGACCGAGACUUUUUUUUUUUCUUCCCCGGAUUUCGAGGGUUCCUGAGCGGAGCUCGAAACCAGAUUCCAGUCAAUAUUUCAGGCCAGAUCGACCUCAACUAUAUUCUAGGACGAAGCAAACAGAGCCAGUGUGUAAUACGAAAGGACAAGAUUUGUUGUUGUCAGGAAAUCAGCCAUGAUGAAAGCGGGGGAAAUGCGAUCGGGUCUUGAUGUGAAUGAUACAUUUGUACAGGAUGCCUCGUGCAGCGCCACCUGGGAGAAAACAAAGAGCUGGAACGAGGGCAUUGGCCGCCAGAGGGAAGCACAGUCUUCUUGAAAUACUGUAUUGUUGUUUGUGAGGAGCUCACUAUAACCUGGUGC